UCUCGGGAGUUUAGCGAAAAGGCAUCGAAGAAGAAAAAAGGGGAAAAAAAACUCACAGGAUAGAUAACUUUGAUUCACGGAUUUUCUUAAUCUUUUUGUUUGUCUGUGGAUCGAACUGUGGAUGUCAUGGGCAGGGGAUUGGGCUCUUCUUUAUUGUAACGGAGGAGCCGAGGGUUCGAGUUUUUGCGGCUUCCAUUUGUCUACAGGUAGGGAGGCGAAGGCGAAGGUGAAGCAGCGGGAGAGGGUUUAAAUUAUUCUUUGCUUGCAUGUGACCGCCGCGGUGGCUUAAAGUAGAGAGCAGAAAGAUUAGGGUUUCGAGGGUUUGAGAGAUGAUGACCCCCAACAGGAGGGGGCGCUGGCCGGGAUUGUCUCCUUCGUCUCGCUCCUCACCUGCGGUAGAUGACAAGGCAGUUGCAGUUGUGGAGAAAAGCUCUGGUGUGAGCGCUGGGAAGGCCACCAUGGAGGCCCCGCCGAGGAAUUCUUUAGACGGGAAUGGCCGGUUUGUGUCAACGGCGGCGGCGGUGGCGGAGCCGGAGGUCUGGCGGCGCUUCAAGGAGUCGGGAUCUCUGGACCAUGAGUCGCUCGAGAAAAAAGACCGGGCAGCUCUGCUUCUUCAUAUUAACGAACUUGAUGCCGAGCUGUAUGAUUAUCAAUACAACAUGGGGCUUCUCUUAAUAGAGCGCAAGGAAUGGACAUCUAAGUAUGAACAAAUGAAACUUGCUCUAGCUGAAGCUGAAGAAAGUCUGAAGCGAGAACAAUCUGCACACUUGGUUGCCAUAACUGAAGCUGAAAAGCGAGAAGAAAGCUUGAAGAAAUCGUUAGGCGUUGAGAAACAGUGUGUUUCUGAUCUUGAGAAGGCUUUACAUGAGAUGCGUACUGAAGUUGCUGAAAUUAAAUUUAUAUCUGAGAGUAAGCUGGCACAAGCUCGUGAAAUGGUGGCAAGUACAGAAGCAAAGAACCUUGAAGCAGAAUCAAGGUUGCAUUCAGCUGAAGCUUUGCAGGCUGAAGCAAGCCGCAGGCAUGCAGAGACAGAAAGGAAAUUGCAGGAGAUUGAAGCUAUUGAAAAUGCUCUUAGAAGGGAUCGUCAAUCCUUCAAGUCUGAGCGUGAUGCCCAUGAGGUUGAGCUUUCCCUUGAAAGACGGAAUCUGCUUGAUUGGGAAAAAAAAUUGCAAGAUGGCCAAGAUAGAUUGCUUGAAGGUCAGAGGUUACUGAAUCAAAGGGAAGAGUACACAAAUCAGAGAGACGAGGCUUUGAAACAAAUUGAAAAGGAGUUAGAGGAUGCUAAAAAGCAGAUUGAGAAUGAUCAUUCAACCUUAAAAGAGAAAGAGGCAGAUAUAAGUGUUAGGUUGACUGCUUUAUCCACAAGAGAAGAGAAUGCUGUUAAAAGAGAAAAUCUCAUUGACAAGAAAGAGAAAGAGUUGCUUGUCUUACAAGAGAAACUUGCCAGUAAGGAGAAUGAGGAGAUCCAAAAGCUUUUGGAUGAGCAUAAAGCUAUGCUUGAAGCAAGGAAAAUUGAGUUUGAUGCUGAGCUUGAACAGAAAAAGAUAUCAGUAGAAGAGGAGCUGGAAAAGAGGAGAAGUACAUUAGAGUUGUUAGAAGCAGAUAUCAAUUUCAAAGAGGAAAAGAUUAGUAAAAGGGAACAACAAAUUGAAAAGAAAGCUGAAAAGUUGAAGGAAAAGGAGAAAGAGGUGGAUGCAAGGUCAAAAGCUCUCAAGGAAAGAGAGAAAAUCCUCAAAAGUGAGGAAAAGGAAAUUACAAUAGAGAAGAAGAAGCUGAAUGGAGAAAGUGAGGAAAUAAAUAAUGAGAAGCAAGAGCUUCAAAAUUUGAAGGUUUCUCUGGAAGAAGAGAAACAACAAAUUUUCAGUGAGCAGGAAAAACUUAUAGUUACAGAAAAAGAGAGAAAUGAGCUGCAGAAACUGCAAACUGAAUUAAAAGAAGAAAUUGAAAAUUACAGAGCUCGAAAGCAGGAAAUAGAUAAAGAAGCAGAAGAGUUGAGAUUGGAGAAAGAGAAAUUUGAGAAAGAGUGGGAGUUUCUUGAUGAGAAAAGAGAUCAAGCGAAGAAGGAAUUGACAGUGGUUGAAGAAGAAAAGAAGAGAAUAUCGAAAUGGCUGCGAGAUGAAGAAGAAAGAUUAAAACAAGAAAAAUCUGCACUGCAGGAACGAAUUCAAAAUGAGACAGAGGCUCUUCAUCUUGAAAAGGAAGCUUUUGCAGCUAUCAUGCAGCAUGAACGAGCAGAGUUGCUUGAGAGUAUUCGAAGGGAGCAAGCAGAUCUCAUCCGAGAUAGUGAACUUCACAGAAGUGAUUUGGAGAAUAAUAUAGGGAAGAGGCAAGAGGAGAUUGAGAAGUUUUUGCAGGAAAAGGAAAUUGGAUUUCAAAAGGAGAGAGAGAGGGAGACACAUACUAUCAGUGCACAAAGGGAAUUGGUAUCCAAAGAAAUGGAAGAGAUGAGACUCGAAAGGAACAAGCUUGAGAAGGAAAGGCAAGAGAUUAGCAAAAGUCGGCAGCAUGCAGAGAUUCAGCGGAUUGAGAUAAAAAAAGAUAUUGUAGAACUCCAACUCCAGAGAGAGAAGCUUAAAGAACAGCGAGAAUGUUUGUCCAAAGAAAGAGAAGAGGUUUCAAGAUUGGUUGAGCAGCUUGAUAAAUUGAAAGCAGAAUUAAAUAUGAGUGAGGACGGUUUGGAUCUGAUUGCAAAUAAAGGUGGAAAUCAUGGUACGGGGGAUUUCAAUGGCUUUUCUCAGGAAGGGGUCCCACAAAAGAUUUUUGGCACACCUGCAUCUGCAUCUGCAAAGGGUGAUCCUGAACCUUCUUCUGGAAGAAUGGUUCGAAGUGCUUCAGGAACACCAAGCCGUUUGUCAUGGUUGCAGCGAUGUGCUACAAGAUUUUUUAACCAAUCGCCAUCCCCUGAGAAAAUGAUUGACGGUACAAGACAAAAAGAAGAAACUGAUAGAUCACCUACAGUGGUGCCAGGAACUACUGGUGCAGAAAGUGAAAGAAUGACUGGAGAAAUUGUUGUAGGAUUAGAAAUUCAACCCACAUUCUCAGCAGAUGAUCAGAAUCAUGAUGGUGGAGUUGAAACAGAAGUAGAUGCUCAGGAUCAAGGUACAACCAAGUCUUCACCUGCUGUAAAAUUUGACCAUUCUCUGCCAUCCCGAUCCAAAGGAAAUGGGUCCAAAUCAAAUGAUAAAUCAAAAGUGAAAGUUUUUAAAAGAACUCGAUCCAUGAAGGCUGUUGUAGAGGAUGCCAGGGGGAUCAUUGAUGUCCCUUCUGAUCAGGAGAAAAAUGAGUCUGAAAGUAGACAAGAACACCUGCAAAAUCAAUCUGAAGUUCCGGAUAAUAGGCAGGACAAGGAAGGAAGGCCAGGCGGAGACCAAACCAAUUCUGCUCAAGAAGUUGAUGACAGCAACAGGGAAUCACUUGCUAAUGAUAAAAGAUCGUCCAAGUCUGGAAGGAAAAGGCGACGUGGAUAUUCAUCUAGAGUCACAAGUGAGCAAGAUGCAGAUGAUUCUGAAAUUCAGUCAGAGCUUUCUGCAGGAGGGCGCAGGAAAAGACGGCAACAAGGCACAGCAAAUGGUGGUAGUUCAGGGUUAGGAACUCCUGGAGGAAAGCGGUACAAUUUUAGGCAUUCUACCAUUGCAAGUUCUGUAGCCACUCAAGCUCUAUCUAUGGAUGGUAAGGACAGGGUUGUUGCCCAACCUGAAGAAGAAGAGCCCAAAAAUUUGCAAGGGACUUCAUCAGGCAAGGAUACAAAGGAUAGCCAGCAAGAUUCUUUAGAUAAAACUGUAAUGGUGCCUUCAGCCCAAGAUAGUGACAACAAUAUUCCUCAAGGAGAGACACAGGACUCUCCAGGAUGCCCUGAUGGUGGUUUGGAAGAUGCUGUUGAGGAUCUUCAGGAUGUUUUAUCUCAUGAACUUACUAAGUCUGAAACAGGAGAUCGUUACGAUGAGACCGAAGGAGAUGGUGGUGGCAAUGAGGAAGAUGCUCCUGCAGAUGAGAUAGAAGAUGAAGAAAUUGAUGAACUUGAUGAAGAUGGAGAUGAUGAGGAAGAGGAUAAUGAUUCCUCUCUAAAAAGGAAGAUCUGGAAAUUUCUCACGUCAUGAUUUUUCUGCAGAAUCAUCUGUUAGGCAGGUUGAAGUUAUUUCUGUCAGUGCUGGCAAGAAGGUAGUAAAGGUCAGCCCAUUUGUUGUUCACUCCAGGGUAUAUAUUUGAAUCUUUCUGUAAUCCAUAGCAAUUGUUCUGGAUAGCACAUGCCUAUCCUUGUUUGUUGAUUUCAUUUGAAAAUGCUCCCGAGCUUGGAACAAAUUCUCAGUCAUCUUAGCAUGUUGUAAUUCUGUCUUGUACUAAUUAAGAUCCCCAACUAAUUCUGACACAUUUUUUUUUCAAGUUGAAAGCAUUUUAGUGUAUGAGCAUUGGACCUGUUUACAGUUU